AUGGAGCAGCUGGCAGACGGGUGCGAGCUGGAGGAGCUGGAGCUUCCCACUGUAGACCUCGAGGCGGAGGAGUCGAGGCUGACGGAGCAGCUGGCGGCGGCGUGCCGGGACCCGGGCGUGUUCCGGCUGGUCAACCACGGCGUCCCCUGCGAGCUCACAGCCCGCCUGUUCGGGCUGGCGCGCGGGCUGCUGGAGCUGGACGCGGCCAACAAGUCCCGGCUGCCCGGCUACUUCUGCGGCACGCCGGCGCUGGCGGCGCUCCCCGUCAAGGAGAUCAACUGGCUCGAGGGUCUGCACGUGGAGGCGACCGCCGCCCACGGCGACCGUUCUCAUUCUUCUCCAGAUGGUGCUGACGGUGAAGCAGACGGCACUGCGUUCUCGAAGUUCAGGGAGGCGGUGAGCGGGGAGUACGUGGCGCACAUGGCGCGCAUCGCCCGGAAGCUGUUCGACGCCCUGGCGGCCGGCGAGCUGGGGCUCGACUCAGAGCAGCGGGCGUCGUACUUGACGGAGCGCGGCAGCAUCUUCCGUGCGUACCGGUACCCGGCGUCAGGCGCGGGGCGGCGGCAGCUGGGGAUGGAGGCGCACACGGACAGUUCGGUGCUGUCCAUCCUGAACCAGGACAUGGUGGGCGGUCUGCAGGUGUUCUAUGGUGGUAGGUGGCUUGCGGUGCGUCCGGUGGAGGGCGCGGUGGUGGUGAACGUGGGGGACAUGCUGCAGGCGAUGAGCGGCGACGCGUACCGGAGCCCGGAGCACCGGGUGGUGGCGCCGGGCUGGACGGAGGCGGACAGGAUGUCGCUGUGCUACUUCGCGUUCCCGGAGGAGGACGCCGUGAUCGUCGGCCCGGCGUCAGCUUGUCGUCCGGAGGAGUUGUACCGGGCGUUCAGCUACGGCGAGUUCCGGGAGCAGGUGCAGGCGGACGUGAAGGCCACCGGGUCCAAGGUCGGCCUCGCCCGCUUCCGCCUGGCCGCCGUCACCCAAUCAUAG